AUGGCCGAAGGAUUUAAAUUAUACCAUUAUGACCCGUCUGCCGGUUCUGCUGUCGCCUUUGCAGCAAUUUUUGGACUCACUACCGCCAUACAUCUCUGGCAAUUAGGCCGGAACCGAACCUGGUACUUCAUACCGUUUGUGAUUGGUGGCUUAUUCGAGGCAUUCGGAUACUUGGCAAGGUAUGCCAGCUCGGAGGAAGCCCCGGAUUUUACCACCAAGCCGUAUAUUGCACAGAGCUUGAUGCUACUGCUGGCACCUGCAUUCUUUGCUGCUUCUAUAUAUAUGGUUCUGGGACGUAUCAUUCGUCUACUGAACGGAGCUUCAUGUUCCCUAGUCAGGCCAUCAUGGCUGACCAAGAUAUUUGUGACGGGUGAUGUGUUGUCAUUUUUCAUCCAGAGCGGAGGAGGUGGCAUGCUUGCUACGGCGAAGGACAAGUCGAAAGUAAAACUUGGAAACAAUAUGAUUGUUGUCGGACUCUUUGUUCAAAUCCUGUUCUUUGGGUUUUUCAUUGUUGUUUGCGUGGUUUUUCAUCGCCGCAUGCUAGCUACACCUUUGCAUGCUAUAGGCGACAGUCAAAUCCCCUGGACUCGCUAUAUGAAAGUCCUUUAUAUGGCCAGUGUCUUGGUCUUGGUCCGAUCAAUCUACAGAGUGGCCGAGUACGUCCAGGGCAGCGAUGGAUUUCUUCAAAGCAAAGAGGCAUUCAUAUAUGUAUUUGAUGCGGCGUUGAUGUUUGUUUGCUGUCUGCUUUUCAACUUCUUUCAUCCGAGUAAGAUUCUCUCGGGAUAUCGCAAAACCCAAGAAGACCCGGAUGUGGAAUUGAUGCAUCAUGGUGGUUAUACAGGGUACACGGGACAAGGUGACUAUAACAGUCCGCAUUGA